GUGUGACUCUAUAUUGACGUCAAGAAUAUCGGUGAGGAGGUGUGAAUAACAAAUUUAUGACAAAUACUUUUGCAUUCGCACAGUAUGUUUUUAUGAUAUAAAAAUUUAAAAGUUUUACAAUAAUUCAGUGAUGUUAGUGAUAAAGUGAUACAAAGGAGAAUGUCUAGUUAUAAUAAGGAUAUCGAGCAGGGCAUUCCCGAGGAAGAGGAUCAUUUGGAACCACUGCUGGACCAAGAUGGCCGCCCACGGUUGCCCACGCGGCCCAGCAACCUCAGUCUCUCAGAAUUACGCGAUCACCCUCGAUUACUGCACUUGUCUGACCAAGACCUGGUGUCAGCAUCAUCUGCUGCAUCCACCGUGAACAAUACUCCGGCUGUCGAGGGUCCCGACCCACUGCCCAAGAGGUGGAGGAGAAGCGAUCGGCGGCUAAGAAGGCUCAACACUGAACUGCUGACAGCCAUCGAGGAAAAUGAUGUUGAAGAGGUCGAAAGGUUACUAAAAGCAGGCGCAAACCCCAACGCUACCUGUCGUAAGGACAUGGUCUCGGCUUGCCACGUAGCCGCAUUGUGCGGAGGCGAUGCCCUCUCACUGUUGGUCAAGUUCGGAGCUGAAAAGUACCGUCUGGACAGACUCGGCAGAACACCAUUGCAUUUAGCGGCCUUCGCUGGAAAUGCGAGACAAAUGGCCAUCCUACUGGACUUCCCAGAGGACAUGCAAGCCCGUGUUGAGAGCGACAGUAUGUCUUCAGAGGCUGAAGAAGACGUGAAGAAGCUCUGUGAGAAGACCAUGGCUAUGGCUAACGUUCGCUGCGACCUCGGCGAGGUCAAGACGAUUAUACCCAGCACCUGGAAGGACAAUAUAGACCACAACUGCAGGAGCAUAGAAGGCAGCCUACCGUUACUGCAGCCCGGCUGGUCACCCAUCCACGUAGCAGCCGCGUGCGCGCGACGUCACUGCACUCGUCUGUUAUUAGCUGCAGGGGCUGACCCUAAUGUAUGCGAUGAGGCGGGACGGACUGCACUGGACGUGGCGGGGUCAGGGUACUAUAUGGACAUGAAGAUUGACUCAGACAACUUCACCGAAGUGCUCAGACUCAUCAUCAGAGCGGGCGGUGAGAACAAUACGAUGAAACCGCAAAGAUUGAAUGACGUCACGACUCCUCUCCACACUGCGGCGGAAUUGGAGAACGUUCCUGCUAUAAAGGAAUUGCUGCAGAUUGGCGCCUCCAUAGCCUGCCUUAACACUGCGGGCCAGACGCCGCUGCAUGUGUGUGUGAAGAAAGAACUCGAGGAACCGUUGAAGAUCCUAGCGAAUGAAGGUCGCAACGACAGCGAACCCCUGUCAGCAGUAGUGGAUGUGAAGGACGGGGAAGGCCACACAGUGUUGCAGGCCGCAGUUGAGGCCGCGUGGGUGAGGGGCGUCUGCGUGGCCCUGGAGGCCGGAGCUGACGUCACUCUCAAGGCAAAUGACGGUGAAACUCCGAUACAUUCAGCAGCAGCUUUAGGCAAUCUGGACGUCCUCAACGAAAUACUGAGUGUAGCUAAACAAAAAGAUUCAAUAGACUACCAAAACGAAGAAGGCGAGACCGCACUAUUUAAAGCUGUCAAGUAUGGUCACAUUGAAUGCGUGAAAGUGAUACUGGAUGAAGGUGCUUCCAUAAAAAUUACUCUCAAAGGAGACGUUAACGUUUUCCAUGUAGCUGCUGAGAAUGGCAACAAAACCAUUUUAGAAUUCCUAAUAGACUAUGACGAAAAAGUAACGCAAAUUAUGCUAAAUAGUUUAACAGACUCUAAGAGAAAAGGAUUUGGCCCGUUACAUUUUGCUGUAGCAGAGAACCAUUUAGAAUGUGUCGAACUACUCAUUUCCAAAAAUGCCGAUAUUAGACUAAGAACCACAAGUAGUCCACACAAGUCAUCGACUCCUUUGCACAUAGCCGCAGUAAGGAAUCAUUCUGAAAUAGCAAAAUGUCUUCUCAAUUUUGAUAAGACGAUAAUACAUGAAGUUAACGGUAUGGGAUGGUUUCCCUUGCAUUCUGCUAGUCAUCAUGGGAGUAGAGAUGUCAUUGUCCUACUUUUACGGGAAGGCGCUAAUUUGGCUGGAUACACUGAUGGUCCUAAGAAAUAUAGGAGAACUGCUAUCGACAUGAUUAUAAAUAACUUGUCGAAACCUACUGAUUUUAUGGAAGAGGUUCUAGAUGUUUAUAUAUCUACUAACGACCUCAAUCUUCAGGAUUCAAACUGUGAAGUGAUAAUUGAUUAUCGGGUUUUGAUGCCGAACGAAUGUGAAAUGGAACAAAUGAAAGUUAUUGAGGCACUGUUGAAAACUGGCAAUAGGUACGGACAAAAGAGAUUGCUCCUCCAUCCGCUUAUAGAAAGCUUCCUUUAUUUAAAAUGGAAAGCUUUGUUACCGUUCUUCUACACGAUAAUUGCGUUGUAUGCAUUGUUUCUGAUGUCCUUGACUGUUUUCGCUGUGUCUGUGUUCUUCUAUAAGGACACUGUGGAGGAAAAACCAGUCUGGUUAGAUACUGCAGUGUGGUCCUACGUCGUCUAUACAUCAAUAUCGUUAGUAAUACUUCAGGAACUGCUAUACAUGAACGUGAAAAGCAGCAGAUACUUCUUGCAACUAGAAACAUGGGUCAAAUUUGGAUCCAUAGGACUCGCUAUAAUCUUGCCUCCAGCUGUAAUGGUGCCAGUGUUCUAUGACGCAGAAUGGCCAAGACACGUGGCAACUAUAGCUUUACUCUUGGCUUGGUUGGAAAUGAUGUUUCUACUGUCGAGAUUCCCGAACUGGGGUUAUUACGUGCUGAUGUUCGGGAAGGUCGCAUCGAAUGUUGUUAAGAUUCUUCUAACAUUCGCCUUCCUCGUUAUUGGAUUCUCGUUUAGCUUCAUGAUCCAGUUUCGAUCGAAGACACCUUUCGAGGGGCCUUGGGCAGCCUUCGUGAAGACUAUCGUUAUGAUGACGUCAGAGUUUGAAUACAGCGCGUUAUUUGAUGAAGCGCAUUCCAAAGAAUUAGCAUUCUCCUUCCAAAUAGUCCGUCUCAUAUUCGUUGCUUUUCUCAUUUUAGCCGCGAUAGUACUCAUGAAUUUAAUGGUCGGCGUUGCUGUCAAUGACAUCAACGAUCUCGAAAUUCUAGGUAACAUAAGGAGGUUGGACAAACAAGUAGAAUUCCUGAGUACUCUAGAUACCCUAGUCUACAAUAAGGUGUUCAGCAAAAUAUUACCCAGGAAAGCGAACAGCAAAAUUAAACAGAAACGCAAUGUCAGUGACAUUGUUAUUCUAAGACCAGGAAGACCUAGAUGGAGGUACUACAAGGUUCUGCCUUCACGAAUAAGAGACGCAUUGUUCAAUAAAGCUCAAAGUCAGAAGAAGCUGUUGGAAGAUGAGAUGAACGUGAAAGCUUUUAAAGAUUUACUGAACGAAAUAUACGAUGCUGUGGUUAAGAAGAAAGAUGGCGAUAAAACGGAGGUGCAGAGAAAUAUUGAUGACUGGCCGAUUAGAAAUAGACAGAGGCACGAGGAAGUUAUGAAACGUCUCAAUGGUUUAGAUGAUGACAUGACCGAUAUGAAAACGCAAAUGGAAACACUGACAACACAGUCUUCUAAUAACACACCUGCUGAUGAGUUAAAUGUAAGGGUCAAUCAAAUAGCUACGGAAAUGGGAGAGAUCAAACAGUUUCUGAUGCGAUUAGAGAAUAAGUUAGGAAAAUUGUAAUUGAUAGUACUAAAAGACUUGGUCACGGCUGAAUAAAGUGUGGACAAUAUUUUUUUCCGAAAACAAUAGCUGACGUAUUCUAUGUCUUCCGUUUAUUCCCACGCCAAAUAUUACAGCCGAAUAUAGCGUCAUAGAGAUGUAUCUUCUAUUCAAUUAUAUUUAUAUAGAUGGGUAUAUUGUCUCAUGUUAUAACUUUUUAAAGCACUGCCAACCCCACAAGGAAUAGACAUUUUAGGUACUAAGCUAGUUUACAGUAACCUAUAUUUUUGAUACGUAGUUAAGUAAGUACUUACUUAGUAUUUAUAUUUUGUUAUAACUAAGACUACCUUUUUUAUAAGUG